CUCGUUUCAUCAUAACACAAGCCUAAAAUAAAAAAUAUUUAUUUAUAUUUAAAACAUUUUAAAAGUAUUCAUUCGCAAUACGUGUAUCCAUUGUGUGUGCUACCCGAUUCAAUAUUAUUUGUUUUCGUUUAGUCUGAAAUGUCUCAGUCAAAAAAGGCCUUAAGAUGACGUUGUGGUGAAUUUAGUUAUUUAAAUCAAUUAAAAUAAAAAGGAUUACAAUAACUUUGUUUACAAUUAAAAGAUUCUGCUAUUAUGGAUUACCCCACAUUUCCCUGUCGGAGUUCCUUGACAACAACACAAAUUGUGCCAAAAGUAAUAAAAGUGGUUAAUUUAAAAAGAUUUAUGCCAGAAGCUUCACUACAGGUACCAGCAAAAUCAAAAAGGAGUUGGCUUCAGGCUGAUUCAAAAAUAUCAAAUACUGAUGCACAUCAGGAUAAGUUUCAUCAACAAAGCUGUACGGAUAAAACAGUUACAGAAAGUCAUCUUGCAAUAGACAAUAACGGUUUCAAUCAAAAACAGGGUCUAAGCAAUGACAGUAAAAUCAAGUUUAGAAAAUGCUCACAUUCUGAUGAAGAAUUAUCACAGCUUCACGAACACACGGAUGACACAUUAGUGAAACUUGGUGACGUGUUUGACUCUCGGGAAUCCUUUAAGCAGUAUUUAAACGAUCAUGCCAAGAGAUGGCACUACUACUAUGUGUGCCGGAAUAGUAAGAAAAAAAUUAUUGAGUACAACUGCAUUUGUAUGGCGUAUAAUGUUAAAGAGAGAGAAGUGGUGAUACGGAAACAGAAAAAGCGUACAACUGCCUGCCCUUGCAAAUUACGACUGCUGAUCAACGAAGCAAACAAACUGCUUGUUUACUAUGUGUGCAAUCACCACGAUCACCCGACAACUGCCGGCGAGUUCCACAGCUACCCCCAUGCUAAAUACCUGCCCCAACAUGUUAAAGAUGAGUUCCUAGACCUGACCUACCUCGGUUUGGACGUAGACCUGAUACAGAAGUAUAUCCACUCAGUUGUUGGUAUCACCAUUAAGAAGAAAGACAUCUGGUCCUACUCUUAUAGGUUUAGAAGGAAAAUAUUCAGUAGAACUAUAAGUGAGGACAGGCAGAAAUACAUUGAAGGUUUAAUCGCAAAAAUUCGAGGAACCUAUGAUCCACCAUUAGAAGCUAAGGAAAACGAAGUGCCAAGCGAACAUACUGAGGUGGUUCUUUCCAUCAAAGAAGUUGAUUUGAGGCAGAACAAUACACUUAUGAUUAGGAAAACAGCUCCCAUACUAGAAACUCUGACCGCCGGUAUAACCCUAAACUACAGCACAAAUCUGCACCAAGCCCUCGAAGACACCACAGGCAACACAGAAGUAACAAUCCAGUACAUGAACGAAGAUGGCAUACUGUGCGACGAAAAUGGCAUACCAACUACCAACAGUUCUGCUGUCAUGCAUUUCAUUAACAACUAUGCUUAUGUUGAAAAUCUUCAAGGACCUGUGUUUGAUAGUCAAGAGUCUUUCGAUUUUGUGCCGGAGAGGGUCGAAAAUGAAUCUGUGGAGACGGAAAGGGUUUUGAAUGAGGACAAUGAGUUGGAUGGCACGGAGAGUACGGAACGAAAUGAGGCUGUGAUAUUCGAAAGUUAUGAAAAGAGGUUGUCACCUACCCCGGACACUCCGGCGGUGUACGCAGAAAUGGAGAAUUUUAAGAAGUACUAUUAUGUUGACCAUCGGUAUAAUAUUCCUCGUGAAGAUCAGAAAACGAAGGAAAAGAGUGUACUUCGACGUAAAAGGAAUUGCCAUAGUGUCACCAACACGACCGUGGUUCGAGAGGAAUUCAUAAAAGCGCCCGAUUUCGUCUACCACCCAACGCCAAUCCGCCACUGUUCCGGCCACGAGCACCUCACCCUUCUGAUCGACGCUGACACGAUCCUACCAGGCGCCCGCUUCCUCACCCACGACGUUUUCCUCACGUACAUCAACGAGCGCGCUCACCGCUGGUUCUUCUACUACUCGCUGAUGGAGAGCGGCAGGUCGCCCGAGCAUUAUGUCUAUAAAUGCGUGUACGGGAAGAUUAAGGUGUCCAAGAAUGCUUACCGUGCUAAAGGGUUGAGGAAAAGAAACAAGUUGACCACGCAAUGUCCCUGCCAAAUCCGUCUCCGUCGUUUAGAAUCGGACCCCACCUACCUCACCGUGUUAUAUUCGUGCAACCAUCAUGAUCACGAGUUGAACUCAGCUCAGUUCACCGCACAACCCCACAGCCGUAGACUGCCCGCUGUCAUUAAAGAAGAGGUGAAAGAUCUGAUAACCCUCGGUGUCAGUGCGGAAACUCUCCGCAAGUACGUGUUCGACGAGACCGGGGUACGGGUCUACGGGAAGUAUUUCCACAACGUUCGCACCGGAAUGCGAGCGCGCGGAGAACAGAGGCAUUACAGCGAGGAGCGAAUCGCGGCUCUUACUAAGAAGAUCAGAGAUUUGGAAGCAAUAUAUGGAAACGCAGCUAAAGUCAACAUACAAGCGCAACACAGGAAACGUCCUAACAUACUGAGUCAAGAGCAACAAUGCAUCACGCCGGCGGGGCAGGAUGAAUAUUUAACACAAACUCAAGAAUAUUGUGAGCUUUCGGACCGAGAUGAUUUUGCCGAGGAAGUCUACAUCAUGCAAACUGAUACUCUACCAAUAGAAGAGACGAAGCAGAGUAGGCUUGAGACGAGGCUGCAAACUCUUUCCUACCAGGAUAUCUUGGACACGGUCAUAGGAUUGCAAGAAUCGGUGCGGUGUGAUGUAAGGACUGUACGGAGCGACGCGCAUGCUACGGACACGGCUGAUUUGGUUAAUAUUGCCAUAGAGAAAUAAGCAAUAGGUAUAUCUGUAGUAGACAGUAAAGCACAGCAGACAGAGUAUGUCCUGCCAGGAGAUCAUGGACACGGUGAUAGGAUUGCAAGAAUCGGUGCGGUGUGAAGUAAGGAGCGACGCGCAUGCUACCGACGCGGCUGAUUUGGUCAAUAUUGCCAUAGAGAAAUAAGUUAGAUCUAGAUCUUGAAGACAGUGGAGCAGAGCAGGCUCGCUGCGUAACUUUCGAGUAUUCUUACCACGUACUCUUGGCUGCAGUUAUGUAAGUAAAAUAUUGGUAUAGAAGGCCAAAUUGAAGUCGUAGCAUUGAAAAAUAAAAUUUCUUAUAUAUAUCUCAUUAAAAUAAUUCGUUACUGCUGCGAGCAGUCGACCGAAGGCACUUCGCGAUGCCUGUAUGUAAUUGGUGUUUAAACUUCAUAAAUCUGCGUACACCUCUCUGUGCUCGUAAUGGAUAGUGUUAUUCCGUCGUGUCUUUCCGGGAACAUUCGUAUUCGCUAUGUUAUUUCAGUCAGCCUCAGUACCUUUUAUAAAUAGUAUUUAUUUUUUUAUAAAUAAAUUGUGAUAUUUUGUUACAUGA